AUGGAGGAGGAUGUUCGGCUGCCCAGUGCAGAGCGGCUCGAUGGUCCUCAUCACGACCCUGAGCAGCUACCGAGUACAGGCUCCGGCCAACAACAGAACGGCUCGCUUGAAAAGAGCCAAUCGCGGUCAGGUGAGCUGAUCUCAUCUCUCUUCAACAGUUUACCUCGCAUGGUAAUUGAGCACAUCCUUUAUGUUGUCGACGCAAACACGUUUGCGUCUCUAGCCUUUUUGAACCGAAAAUGGAGGCGGAUCUCAGAUUCGCCCCUUUUAUACACUCACCAUCUAUCUCGUUGCCCAUCCUUCUCCUUGACAGCAAAAGCUACUUCAGAUGUAGUCACUUCAGAUGACCUCGCUAUCCUGAAGCUGAAGUUUGGGGCAGAAAUAAGACGCAAUGCCUUCGAGGUCUUCCUUAGACCCCGCCAAACCUUGGUGAAGCUUAUUUCAACAUCAAUGAGUUCUUCGACAGCUUUCCCCCACGGAGAGGCUUUUCGUUUUGCUUUUUCACCCAGCGCUCAAUUAGUACUUUGCAUAAGCUCUUCGAGGAUCAUUGUUCUCGACGUGGCAUCUGGCUCAGCUGUAGUGAGACAUGAACUCAAAACCUGGAGACGUCCGCUGAACGCUACCAUCCUGGAUGAUGGUUCGCUUCUUGCUGUGGUGUCGUCUAGCCAUCAAGUCAACAUAUACAGUUUAUCUAACGAAGAAGCAAGGCACGUUCAAAAUAUCAAGUUGAAUGAUGUCCCACAGGCUCUAGCAUUGUCUCCAACAGGCGGUGUUCUUGCCAUCGCGUAUACCGAUAGGAUCGAAGUAUACGCAAUUGGAGAAGGAACACUUGCGACCGAGCGAAGAGCCGUCCGCUGUGCUGGCGUGGAUUCGAUUGCGUUUUCAUCAGACGGGGUCAUGCUUCUCGGUUCGUCUGGCGAUAGCCAGAAUACCAGUCUGGUGACUAUCACGGUACCGUUCUACACAGAGCCUGUUACCGAUAUCUCGGCAAGAGAGGCCCACACACGCAUGUGGACCACUCAGAUUCUAUUUCCUGAGGUUAUACAAAGCUAUAGCCACGCUUGUCUUCUUCCACUACAUACCGAAGGUGAUGGCAGUUGGAUUUUGGGUUUUGAUAAAGAGGCCGCCGCAUUCAGGGCGAUUGGGGCCAACAAUGUGAAUUCCGGUACAGUAUAUUUCGUGAGUCCGACGUCUGGAAAUGGACUGCAGGAGUCUCCGCCAGUCAUGCUGCCGACGGUUGAUUGUACUGGAGAGCUUGCCGCCCUAAGUUUCCAAGAUUCCGGUCUCUGGGUAUAUGGUAUACCGGACCGCCUUGAUAUUGCACCAUCAAGUACCUUUGCAGCCGCACUUUGUGCUUCGGACAAUGGUCCAAGUCACCGACUGGACGAGAUGAUGCCCCUACCAGAUAAUGCACAGCGACUGCAACACUCUAUCGCCAAGCCGAAGAUGCUUAUCAGGGGUCAUAAGAUGAGCGAUAUGCCUGGGAUUACUGCAGCUUGCUGGGUACGACCUGCCGGCGCUCCGGCUGACCAUCGUAGGCUGGUGGCUGUGGCACCCGGCGGCAUUAGCCCUCCAACAAUUGGCGAAGAAGAUGUUCCGGUUGAUGGCGGACGAGUGCUACUUUUAGAUUUCGAGCGAUCACCAAAAGAUGGGAAUUCCACUGAAAUUAGCAUCGAAAUUGGCGAGACGGAGCCGAAGAUGCUCCACGAACCAAAUACCAGCUUGGACACAGAGGUUGAGCUGGAAAGAAGACGAACGCGCUUGCAUCGUGGCAAUUCUUCCUACCGGGCCAGAACUGUUGCUCGUGAAUCGUACCCAGCAGCUAUUUCCAUGAGCCAAUCACCACCGUUGAUCAUUCGUCGAAAUAGUUCUUACUUCUCUGUUUCCUCGAAUGAUAUGGGUGAUGGUGAUACACCUCCGGUUCCAGACACUCCCUACGACAACACCCAGCCGCGUUCCCGAGAUACACUGCGUCGUGCUGCCACCGCAGCGGCGACCAGUCGCACACGGUACAACCCACGAUAUCGUGACGAGCCACGGCGUGUUUUUGAGACGAGACCGGUUCCUCCGAUCUUCCAGGUUCCUCAUGAAAGUGACGCCGACAACUGGAUUCCCCCUCCUCCUCCCUACACUCGUGAGCCCGACGCACCGCUUCCGGAGUACCUUAGAAGAACCCUUCUUCCCACGAGAACCGAACCUGCACAAAGGGCCAGCGAUGUACCGGAUGAACUUCAAAGGUCUCAUACUACUCGCCUAGAGGGCAUGGCCGAGGAGCCUUUGCCUCGGACUCCUCUACAAAGACUGAAUACCAUCAGUGGAUCUAGAUUAGCCUCUCUGGUGCGAAGAACAACCAGAGCUUCAGAGGCUCCUGGCCUUAGCCGAACACAAAGCAAUUUGGUCCGACGAGGAGCCUCGUACUCUCAGGAUGGGGAGGUGCCUAGCGUGCCGUCGGUGCCCCUGCAUAUACAACCGCAGACCACAGCCUCUUCUCAAGAGGUUGAUCAAAACACAGUAGGGGCCCUUGACGCAACGAAUCUCCAUUACACUGCAGCUACGACGGUGACGACAUUGCCAGCUCCUGUGCAGCAAACAUCGCUCCAAGAGACUCAAACUGAGUCCGUGGUGAGCCCAGGAGAACUUCUAGAAUGGCAAGAUGCUGUACCUGAGAUUCCAGAUAUGCUGCCUAAUCUCAAUCAUCCGUAUUCCCUCUCAUCACCCAACCUACAAUUUCCAGACCCCCAGUACGCCUCUCUGGAUGUCCCACGCGAUUCAUGGCUACGUACCGGGUACCAUAGAUCGAUGGGCCGGCGCCCGCAGUCGCAAGACAUUCGUCAGGAGUCGCCAGCUAUACCACCUCUUAAUCGCCGGGCAUCCACUGACCCUACACUCUCCACGAGCUCCCAACCGUCGAACGACCUCUGGAGGAGGCGUAUAGAGGAAUGGAACGAACGCACCAUUUACGAAAGAAAUAGAAAAAGACAUAAAUGCAUAGUGAUGUAG